AUGUCCCGGUUGCAAAGGGAAAGGGUCCUGGAUUCCUUUCCUGAUACAAUUGAUCUUAACCAAGGGUCUUUCUCUAAUGAUGAUACUGUGGAUCGUUCAGCUUCUUGGGACAACUUAUUAAAUCCAGUUGAGAGCCAAUUGCCAAAUUACAUGCUUUCCUCCAGUGAGGGAAAUAUUAGUUGCAUAAAUGCCGUUAACAGUCAUACCCCGAGUGUCUGUGGCUGGGAUGUAGGUGAAUCCAGUUCCUUAGCAAAUAAUCUGCACCACGAUGUCCACAGCGAUGUUUCGAGAACGAGACAUGGUUGGUCGUCCUCUUUCAAUUCUUUUUCUGGUACAGAUGCAAGAACAGAAGAUUGGUCUUUUGAAUCUUCUAACGUCAUCAGUGCUGGUUAUGGAGGCAACCAGGCAACUGGCAGAUUCCUAAGUAUGCAAAAUUAUGGUUCAAAUCUUGGUUCACUGAUUGAGAAUAUGAAUUAUGGGCACGCUGGUGAGAAUGAUAACCAGAGAGGUAUAGGAGCAGGCGAAUCCCCAACUUUUUACAAGUUUGGUCAAUCAGAGUCACGGCAGAUUCCUAGUUUUUAUGCUUCUUCCAAUACUAGAGGAACUUCUGGUAUUUUAUUGGAAAAUGACGACACCCCAGGUCCAUCUUUGGAUACUUGGGAUUUAUCCUGUAAGAGAAAGGCUCUUGAAGGUACUUCUCGACAAUUUUGCCCAGGUGGAAGCUCAAGCACCAGUCAACCAAUGGAGAACAUAAUACAGCACUCUGUUCCUUUUCGUUAUACCUCACCUGGAACUUUAAGUAUAUCAUCAGACCCUGGCAACUUAACUAAAGCUAGUCAUUCUGAACAAAUAAAUCCCAGGAGUGGGGUUGGAUUGAAUAGAGUAGCCUCUGGAAUUCAUUCCUCUUUAAGUGUUCCAGGAAUUAGAGAAAGCCCGGCUAGAAGUUUUGGCGUGAGAUCAAAUCUUGGACACCAGUCCGUGUCAUUUGAUACACCCAUAUGCUCUGAUGUAAGGCAUUCUAGUGUUUAUGCAGCACAACAACCCUCGAGACCUAUCUCAAAUAUUGAUUCUUCAGAAGUUAGAUCACCAUUUUCUUUUCCAGUAAAUCCAAGCAAUCCGGUCUACCAAUCUCAUACAACACAUAUGUCUGAGGCGAGACAUACACUUCCAUUUCCUUGGAAUGGAUCUCCCAAUUCACGAAGUGGCAGCUCAGCUAGUUCUUUAAUGCUCACUGGACAAAGAAGUUCUGCUGUGAAUGAAGAUGUUAGUUUUAGAAACUCUCUCAGAAACAAUGCUGAUUAUCCCUUGUUUGUUUCUACUCCAGAGACAAGAAAUAUGCUGCAAGACCAAAUUGAUUGGAGUUUUGUUCCUAGAACUUCCGGAUCUUCUAGAAAUCAUUCUUCUGGUUCUUGGAUUGGCUCCAGUUCUAGUGUGCAAACUUUUCCUCCAACCUGGACGCCUCAUCAGAAUCCAACAACCCAAAAUCAGCAAAGAUCAGUAGAAUUUGGCCCCUGGGCUCCCUCCCCAUUUGUUGAGUCUGAUUCUGGAAUUCGAAGAAGUCAUUUAUCGGCCAUGUCUUCAGCCUCUGAAGCAACUAGUAGCCAGGUUCGCAACCAAACAGAUCAAAGGUCAGCAUUCUUGAUGGCAGUUCCGGGUGGUGAUAUUAGUUGUUGGCAUGCUUUAGCUGCUGAUAAUGAUGGGAGACGAAUACUGAUACGCCAUUUCUUGCAUGCAAUGCGGAGGGGCGUCCACUUAAGAGCUGAGGAUUAUAUGCUAUUUGACCCUUUUAUAAAUGGAUUUGCUGAGAUGCACGACAGGCAUAGAGAUAUGAGGCUCGAUGUUGACAAUAUGUCUUACGAGGAACUAUUGGCUUUGGAAGAACGAAUAGGGAAUGUAAGCACGGGAUUGAGUGAGGAAAAGAUUUUGCGUUCUAUGGGACAGCGGAAGUGUGAACCAUUUGGAUCCCCGCCAAAUUUGGAGCCGUGCUGUAUAUGUCAGGAGGAUUACAUCGCUGGAGAUGAUAUCGGGAUAUUGGACUGCAGGCACAAGUUCCACACCAAGUGCAUUAAACAGUGGUUGACGUUGAAGAAUCUGUGUCCCAUCUGUAAAACGACGGCCUUGGAUACUUGA